AUGAAGGCUCUCAUUCUUGUCGGAGGGUUCGGUACCCGGCUUCGUCCUCUGACUCUCACCCUCCCGAAGCCGCUAGUGGAAUUCGGUAACCGGCCUAUGAUCCUGCACCAGGUCGAAAGCUUGGCUGCUGCUGGCGUUACCGAUAUCGUGCUCGCUGUCAACUACCGCCCCGAUGUUAUGGUCGCAGCUUUAAAGAAGUACGAGGAACAAUAUGGUGUGAACAUUGAGUUCUCCGUCGAGACCGAACCGCUUGGCACGGCUGGCCCGCUCAAGCUGGCCGAGAAGAUUCUCGGCAAGGACGACUCGCCCUUCUUUGUUCUGAACUCCGAUAUCAUCUGCGACUAUCCUUUCAAGGACCUCGCCGAGUUCCACAAAGCCCACGGCGAUGAGGGUACCAUUGUGGUCACCAAGGUCGACGAGCCCUCCAAGUACGGUGUCGUCGUCCACAAGCCCAGCCACCCCUCACGUAUCGAUCGUUUUGUCGAGAAGCCCGUCGAGUUCGUGGGCAACCGCAUCAAUGCCGGCAUUUACAUCCUGAACCCCAGUGUUCUCAACCGUAUCGAGCUGCGCCCCACUUCGAUUGAGCAGGAGACCUUCCCCGCUAUCUGCAAGGAUGGCCAGCUCCACUCAUUUGACCUCGAGGGAUUCUGGAUGGAUGUCGGUCAGCCGAAGGACUUCCUGACUGGUACUUGCCUAUAUCUAUCCUCCCUGUCAAAGCGCAAUCCCAAGAAGCUCGCCCCUCAUACCGAGCCUUAUGUGCACGGCGGUAAUGUCAUGGUUGACCCCUCUGCCAAGAUUGGAAACAACUGCCGCAUUGGACCGAACGUAGUUAUCGGACCCAACGUCGUUAUCGGCGACGGGGUCCGUCUGCAACGUUGCGUUGUCAUGGAGAACUGCAAGGUCAAGGACCACGCUUGGAUCAAGUCUACCAUUGUCGGCUGGAACAGCUCCGUCGGCCGCUGGGCUCGUUUAGAGAACGUCACUGUUCUUGGAGACGACGUUACUAUCGCUGACGAGGUCUAUGUGAACGGCGGCUCCGUCCUUCCCCAUAAGAGCAUCAAGCAAAACAUUGACGUUCCUGCUAUCAUCAUGUAA